AUGGGAAGUGAAACGGAAGGUUGUAGCCUAGCCAGCCUAAAAGACAAUGACAACAUAGCCCUUGUUUAUAUCACACAGCAGGCUCUUGUCACUGUACACAUGGCUUUUCACAGCUCAAGCCCCAGUUGCAGUGACAGUAGCAGUGUCACCUGCAGGAGUAGCAGCCAACAGUACUGGCCAGAAAAUCACCCAAACUUGUCCCCCACUGGCCACCUACUGGUAGCAGUGUUCCUAGGAGUUAUUGGAACUUUGGGUUUUUUCAAUAACCUUCUGGUGCUGAUACUGUUCUGCCAAUACAGAGUCCUGCGCUCCCCAAUUAACAUGCUCCUGAUGAACAUCUCUCUGAGUGACCUGAUGGUCUGCAUCCUUGGGACACCAUUCAGCUUUGCAGCCAGCACCCAGGGACGCUGGCUCAUAGGAGAAACUGGCUGCAUCUGGUAUGGAUUCGUCAACGCGCUUUUUGGAACGGUGUCUCUGGUGUCGUUGGCAGUGCUGUCUUAUGAGCGGUAUUGCACCAUGCUUCGAAGCACUGAGGCAGAUUUUACAAACUAUAAAAAAGCCUGGUUUGGGAUACUGGUAUCUUGGAUAUACUCAUUCGUCUGGACUCUUCCUCCACUUUUUGGAUGGAGCAAAUAUGGGCCAGAAGGGCCUGGCACAACCUGCUCUGUUAACUGGCACUCACGUGAUGCCAAUAACGUAUCUUACAUUGUCUGCCUCUUUAUCUUCUGCCUGGCCUUGCCUUUUGCUGUCAUUGUUUACUGUUAUGGGAGACUGCUUUUUGCUAUUAAACAGGUCAGUGGGGUAAGUAAAGGUAAUUCACGCGUUCGGGAGCAGAGAGUACUUGUCAUGGUCAUCGCGAUGGUCGUUUGCUUCUUGCUGUGCUGGCUGCCCUAUGGGGUAAUGGCAUUGGUCGCAACGUUUGGAAAACCAGGCAUCAUUUCCCCUUCUGCAAGUAUCAUCCCGUCCGUGCUGGCAAAGAGCAGUACCGUGUAUAACCCCAUUAUCUACAUCUUCCUAAACAAGCAGUUCUACAGGUGCUUCACUGCUCUGAUUCAUUGUAACAAAGUUCCCCAAGUCUCCAGCAACAAAGGUUCCUCCAAAACCACCAAGAUGAUCUUAACCGUCCGCAAGCUGCCAGAUACUAACUUCACAGUCAAUGUCGCUUCCACUCCACCUUCCAGCUCAUCGGUAAAAAAUGAAGCCAACAAUGCAGACAACAAAACUCAAAACGGCAACACGAAACCAGUGAAGACUCUGGUUGCUCAUUAUACAAUUUGAUGUCACUUUUGUAGUGUGACUUGUUCCUACUGAAUAGGGGAAGAUGGUGGGUUUGUUACCUGAACGAUGAUAUUAAUAAAAUAUUCCAACCGAUCCAGUUGCAAUUGUGCAAUACAGACUGUAAGACAGACAGAUGGACCUGUCUAUUCUCAGGACACAUGUGCACCAUUAACCUGAUGGAUAUUGGCGUUUACAGAAUAUGUUAAAUGUUAGAACCCCUUACAUCUGUCCAAUUUUCUCUAUGGUGGGCAAAGGAUUUAGGUGAGGUCCUGCUCUCCUUAUGCUACGGAAUUCCAAGAAGUUGGAGCAAGGACUGAAGAUUCUGGACUUAAAGUUAUUUGUGAUGCAUUAUGAGGAGAGAAGGAUCAUCAGACUGUUCUUAAUAUGUAUCUGUAUUUGUCUUUUUAAGUGGAAGAGAAAGUCUUCUGUAUUUUUAUGCCCAUUUCUAAAAUGAGUACAUUGUGUGUAUACAGGGCAGUAAUUUUAUCCAUGCAGUUUUAGGGUGGUGGCAGACUGGGAGAUUAGUCUCCCAGCUACAAAUCUUCUCUUCUCUCUUCUCUACUCUUCUCUUCUCUGGGCAACUAAUCUCCCCUCAAGAGGAAACUUCGGCGACUCCAGAAAUACUAAGCGAUUCAAAUGCAAUUCCGCUGGCGUUUCGUAUUCUUGUAGACGGGAAGGCAUUUCAGGGAGAUUAGUCGCCCAAAGUAGAGAAGAUUUGUCGCUGGGCAACUAAUGUCCUUGUCUGCCACCUGCGUAAGGGAUACUGUCAUCAGAACACAAAAGAGCCUAUUUAUCAUGCUGUGUAAAAAGUGGAGUGAUGCA